AUGGCUUUACUGCUUCAGUUGACAGGAGCAUUCCUGCACCAUCCGCUCACUUUCACCAUCAGAGAGGGACAUGAUGUCAGUCUUCCCUGUGGAAAUUUGAGAGAUAAUCAGGAGAAAUGUAAAUACACCAACUGGUUUUUCCGUAACUCAAGAACCAACAGAACAGUGAUGCUGUUUGAACGUGGRCAGAWUWRCAAAGCAGCCAAAACCAAAUGGGACAGACUGAGGAUUGCAGCCAACUGCUCUCUGCUGAUGAGGAGGGUCACAGAUGAAGAUGCUGGUCGUUAUUUCUGCAGACAGUUUGCAGCAGGACGACAACAGAAACCUGAUGCUGAGGUGAUUCUGUCUGUUCGUGAUGAUUCAAGUUCUGCAACUACUUCCAAAGAAAUGACAACAUCAACAAACCAGACAGAAACAUCAACAAACCAGACAGAAACAUCUAAACCGAAAACUGAAACACCAACGACCAAACCUGCACCUGGGAUCUCCACAAACAAUCCAACCACAGCCACCAUGAGGUCCCUUCUGUCCUUCUUCRUUGUCCAAACUGGAGACGACGUUACUUUACCCACUGGAAACAGAUUCAAUCAGGAAAACUGUGAAGGUUCCACCUGGAUCUUCGCUGCUCCUGAAACCAGGGAGUCAGUGGUGCUGGUGGACAGUGGACAGUUAAUGGACACUGCAGAAMCUAAGCUGGACAGACUGUUAAUGGCUGCCGACUGUUCCCUGGUUAUUAAGAACGUCUCUGUUCAUGAUGUCGGUUCUUACACCAGCAGAACUUUCUUCCUAGAUCAACUCCAAGGACCAGACUUCCAAAUGUAUGUUUUUAUCAUAAACUUAAGUGAACAGAAGGAAGAUGACAGAGUCACUCUGUUCUGCUCCAUGUUGGAAUUUGCACWAUGUAUUCACUCAGUAAGGUGGAUGUUUGAGGGGGAAGAGGAAGUGACAUCACAGAUGGAGAUAUCAACAGGUUCCUGCUCCUCCAAUGUGACCUUUACUACAACCGACCCUGAGCAGAAGUCAGAACUUUACAGGUCACUGAAGUGUGAAGUGAUGAAUCCGUACACAGACGAAGUUCGGCUGUUUGUGUUCAGGCCUCAGUCCUCUGGGGAAAAAUCAGACUUUGCAUAUUUGAUGAGAUGGAUCAUUGUAUCUAUUGGUUUGGCAGCUCUCAUAAUUUCUGUCGUUCGAGUCAAAAUCUGGACAGAAACUAAAGGAAAUGAAACAAAGAUUCCUGGGAUUGUGGAGAGCGACGGUGAUGAAGAUGAAGAAAUGGUGAUCUAUGAGGAAAUUGGAGAUUUUUGCUCUUCUGUGCUGCUGAACCAAUGAACAUAUAGAAAAUACAGAAAGUUAUUCAAAACUGAACAUUUAAUUUCAAAGUGCGAAUUAUUGGCAAUUAUAUGUUUAUUGUGUCACACAGUUUCAGCUUCUGCUAAGGAUUUUAAACAACUUAGAAAGAUUUUAUACUGAGUUAUAAAAAGAUAGUUUUCUUGUUAUUUACCUAAAGAAUCUAUUUCUGGAUCGGAUUUCAGGUUGUGACCAUGUGAGCAUUUUUUAUUAUAGUGCAAUGUGGGAAACUUUUAGUUAUUUUUUAUUAACUCCUGAUAUUAAUUUGCUUCUUAAGAUAUUUCUA